AUGGGAGAUCACGACACAACGCCGACCUGUCUCUCCGCGGAACCCCACGGGCCCGAAGUCAUCCGGGACAUUUUGGCACAUUACUUUGGCUGCAUUGAGAUACAUGAACGUCCCAACUUCCUGUCUCGUAUUGGGAACAAGUCCUACUGGGACAAAGAAGUCCAACUUGAGAUACAGAAGUUGAACCAGCAAGAUGGAAACGAUGAGACGAAGCAGGACUUCAGAGACCGCGCCGAGGAGAAUGUCAAGAAGAAGAUCCGCAGUCAUGCCAUUUCCAUUGAGGCACAGUAUAAACGAACAGACACUUUGCGCAGCGCUCUUGAGGGUGUCAAAUGUCCUCACGAGAGGAAUGGAGGCCAUUCUGAGGACUGCAAUCUUAAAGGAAUCCGGGAUAUACGCGAAUGGAAGAGGACGAAUAACAGACCUACCGACACCUUUACUCCGGACCCAAGAACAGUAGAUCUAGGCCGAUGUGAGGUUCUGGACCUCAUAGGAAGCAAUGAGAACACGGGUGAAAGCUCUGAUGACGCGGCAAAGAAAUACGAUUUGGAGCGGGACAUCAAUGGAUACAUCAUGGAAUGGGACAUCUGCAACCCUGAGCGGAAAGGAACGGAAGGCAAUGACCCUGGCCAGCUUUCUGCAUCGACCAGCUUCGACCGACCCAGUCCGGGAUUGAGAAGGCAGUCUACGCCAGCAAUCUCGAGAACCACCACGGAGCAGCUGACGGAAGAUAUUCAACCACAACGGGAGUUUGAUCAGAGAGAGGAGUUCCGACGACCAAGUCUAGGAGUUCCGAAGGACUCGUACAUGUCCCAUGCUUCCAAGUCCUUCUACAAAUCGCUUUCUGCGGAUGAGAGAUACCUCAAGCCAACCGACAUGAAGGAUGACUACCGAUUCAAAGGCAAAUUCCCUGAUCAGAGACUGUCUCUAAGGUUCCUCCUUGGCAAAAACUUCGGAAAACCAGAGUCGAACGGCCCCGAAGAGGCAGACGAAGGCGAAGAGUCUGGGGAUGAGAGUAUUGUUCUCAACAAGAACGGCCAUCCAGAUCGGGUGCGAUAUAUCCACAUUCCUCAUAACAACAUGGCAUGGAUCGAACAAGCCAUAGCACGCUACUUCGGUGAUCGCAAGCCGGAUCACGGUCGCAUUUACCGAGCCCCCCCGGUCAAGACCAGAAGUCAUAUGAUCCUUCGACCUGAGUAUUGGAGAGGUCAACAACACGGAGGGAGACGGAGUAUGGUCCACGCGCGGCACAUGAGAGCGAUUUGUGAACGAGUGUCGUCUGAAAUUUGGGACUCAGAAGACAACCCAGGAAACGUCGUGCUUUUCAUGCCAUAUCUUCAUUGGGAAGAAGACAGGAAGCGUGACAAGAUCGCCAAAAUAAUCGACGAAGAGACCGCAAAGCAUCGCAAGAAACGGGAUGACGAGGCAAAAACGGCGAGGAAGGAUAGGGUUGCCUUUCGAACCUUUGCCGGCAAACCUCUCAAAACGACUAGAGCGGCUCCCACCCAUCCCCCGGAAGAUCCAAACCACUUAAGUAGGAUCCAGGAGGAGUUGGAGAAGAGAGCAUCUACGACUUCAUUUUCCGGGAUCCAUCGCACUGUUACCGAGGUUGCAAAAGGUUUCGCUGAUAGGACCGGACCAGCAAAGGAUGAAAAGCACGAAGAUGGGCAGCAACAGCUAUGGUACGUGGCCAAGCUGAAAACCGACGGCCAUGGAAGAAUCAAGGCCAGAAGCAAACUUGGUCAGCUUCUACUUGAUGCUGCUAGGCUUUACGAGGCCAUUGCUAUAUACAGGGAUGAACAGCUUCUGAAGAAGUAUCUUCACCAUGAUCCUCCGCUGCAUCCUCGGAGAACACUCGAUCAACCCUACUAUUGGACUUUGAAGACAACAAAGGCUCGCGACCGAGACCAAGUCGUCUAUCGAGGUACUACAAUGGACGACAGAAACAUGCAUCGUUUCCGCGAGCUAGGCAAGAAAGACUGUACUGGAGAAGAGGGAUGGAUUCGCAAACACCUGGCCCUGGAGAGACUGCUGCAUCACAAAACGGAUGAUCUUUGCGAGCGCAAUCGCGACCCUGACAACACUUCGGACACGUUCAGAUGGGACGAUCACUGGAUAGGAACAGACACCGACGGUUGCGAUCAUUGCCGUGGUGAGAUCCGCAAGGUUUCUCGAGUUGUCAUGGUUGACCAGCUUUGGAUGUGGAUACUCGACAAAAAGACGAUCAUUACCAGCUUCCCUAAGCGGUACGGAGCGAACAAGCAGGAUCCCUCAGGUGUGCACAAAUCAAUCCGGACACGAAUCAAGAAUGCUCGGAAGAACCAGAUCCGUUCGGUCUUUGACGUGGCGCUGAUCAUCCUGGACGAGUGCUCCAAUACCUUCUUUGAUCGCACCAAGACCCCGGACCGGCACCCUCAGGUCAUGGACAUAUUUGGGGACGCUAUUGGAAACUUGACCAAUUUGCAGACAGUGUCCUUUCACCAUCUAUGGCACUGGACCAAGAGAGCCUCCCAGUUGUAUGUCUCCAAGUUCAAAUACGAGGACGCGUCGCACUUGCAUCCGCCACUUCUCAACAUCAAUCCUGAAGGGAAGCUUCAACGAGAGAUCAAAGACAUCAUCGACGAACUCGACAUCAUGAUCAAUAUCAAUAACAAACAGAAGGAAGUCAUCAAACGAUUCACGAAACAUGUCGAGAACAUCUACGACUCAAGCGGAGAAUGGAGGGAUAACUCACGGAGCCCAGAUAAUGACCGAGGUUAUCGCAAUACUGCGUCGUCUCGGCCAUCCUCACUUGAGAGGAAAUUGAACGAAAUUACCGAAAAGGAGGCUAAGGAGGCCAAGGAGGCAAAGCAAAUCAGAGAAAGAGAAAAGCAAGAAUUCUUCUGGUUUCGAAAACAAGCAUAUGACUUGAUCUCAGAUGUUGGCGACAGAGUACUGGAACUUGAAGGACUUAGAAAGAGCGCUGAAAGCACAGCUCAAGGGAUCAAAGACCUGCUCGAUCUCAAGCAACAGCAAGCCAGCAUUUUGCAAGCUUGGCAGUCGGUUAAACAAGCAGAUGAGACUGUUCGGCAGGGCAGGUCCAUCAUGAUUUUCACCAUUGUGACAAUCAUUUUCCUUCCGUUGUCCUUCAUGUCCAGUGUUUUCGGCAUGAAUAAUUCGACCAUCGGAUCAGACAAGAUGACCUUUGGCGAUCAGGCGAACUUCAUGUCAAUGACUCGAUUCGCCCUGAUUAUCGCCGCUCUUUUCGCUGCUCUCGCCUAUGCCGCUCCGGCCAAUGGCACGGCCAAUGCUAGCUGUCUCGUCCAGUUCGAAGACUCGAUCAAUGGAGGCACUGCUGGUUCUUGCUCGCAGGGAAGUGCGAGUGCGGGCGUCAGGCUGCCGAGCGGAGGACCGUACGUCCAAUACACCAUCAGCAAAUCAUGCGAGCUUGCGAUUACCAACGGACCCUUAGAUGGAGUGACGGGCACUGCGACUAUCGUUGCGUCUUGCUAA